AUGUCUAUUAUGUCCUAUAAUGGAGGGUCCGUCAUGGCCAUGAAGGGAAAGAACUGUGUAGCCAUCACUGCAGACAGGCGUUUCGGGAUCCAGGCCCAGAUGGUGACCAUGGACUUCCAGAAGAUCUUCCCCAUGGGUGACAGGCUCUACAUAGGCCUGGCCGGCCUGGCCACUGAUGUCCAGACAGUUGCCCAGCGCCUCGAGUUCCGAUUGAACCUGUAUGAGCUGAAAGAAGGUCGGCAGAUCAAGCCUUACACCCUCAUGAGCAUGGUGGCCAACCUCUUGUAUGAGAAACGGUUUGGUCCCUACUACACAGAGCCUGUCAUUGCUGGCCUGGACCUGAAGACCAUUAAGCCCUUCAUUUGCUUUCUGGACCUCAUUGGGUCCACCUUCAGACACCAUUCGACCAUGGUGACUGAUGACUUUGUAGUCAGUGAUAGCUGCUCUGAACAAAUGUAUGGGAUGUGCGAGUCUCUCUGGGAGCCCAACAUGGAUCCAGAGCACCUGUUUGAAACCAUUUCCCAGGCCAUGCUGAACGCUGUGGACAGGGAUGCCGUCUUGGGCAUGGGCAUGGUUGUCCACAACACUGAGAAAGACAAGAUCACUACCAGGACACUGAAGGCACAGAUGGACUAA